GGAGAUUUAUAUUUAUAGCAGCAACUUAUUAACAAGUCAUACAAGUUGAAAAAUCUUUUUACCUAGCUCAAUGAAAAACCAAGGUCUGUGAAGUCUCUGUAACUGUCUCCCACUAGUGACUGGGAUAUGGCUUUGGUACAGUGUGAGUCCUUGCUGCUAUACUGUGCAGUAAGUGCUGUUUUUAUGGGAUCUGCCCUUCACAAAUUAACCAAGAACAAGGUGAAGAUAGAACAUGCUUGUGUCUUUGGGCUGCUGUCACUGCUGAUUGUGGCACUUGUCUGUUUCUACCUUCUAUCUAGAAGCAUUGGACUGACUAUAUUCAUUUUAUCAUGCAUCACUUAUUAUAUUUCAAUACCUGUCAGAGAUAUGCUACCCACCAAAGACAAAGCAGUACUUAUUACAGGGUGUGAUUCUGGGCUUGGACAUGCACUAGCUAAACACUUGGAUGAACUAGGUGUUCUUGUAUUUGCUAGUGUUUUGGAUAAGAAAGGGCAAGGCGCUGAAGAACUAAGAAGGAUUUGUUCAUCACGGCUUUCCAUCAUCCAACUCGAUGUCACCGAUUCGGAGCAGAUAAAGGCUGCCUGCAGUGAGAUCAAGGGUCGAUUGCAAGGUGAAGGGCUUUGGGGUAUUGUUCACAAUGCUGGAGUUAUUGGCUACAUCGCAGAUGGAGAGUUACUCCCUAUAAGUUUGUAUAAGCAAUGCAUGGAUGUGAACUUUUUUGGUGCUGCACACGUUACUAAAACGUUUCUGCCAUUAUUACGGAAAGCCAAAGGCAGAUUGAUUUGCAUCUCCAGCAUGGCAGGACAUGUCCCCAUCCCACGACUAGCAGCCUAUGCAGCAUCCAAAGCAGCUCUCACAAUGUAUUGCGCAGUAAUGCGCCAGGAUCUCAUCAAAUGGGGGGUUCAAGUAGCUGCAGUUCAUCCCAGCGGCUUCAAAACAAAUAUUUUUGACUCUCAUGAAAACUUGUCUAGCCAAAACAGGAAUAUUUUGGAUAGUUUAAUGCCUGAUGUAAAAGAGGAUUAUGGAGAAGAAUACCUGGAGACAUUUAAAGAUUUACACCAUGAAAUGUUUGCAACUUCCUCUUCCGACCUCACACCCGUCCUAGAGGACGUGUGCCACGCUUUAUUGGCACGAAAUCCCCAUUUUUCAUACACCCCAGGUAGAUUUGCGCACUUCAUCCCUUGUUUGUUCCGGAAUUUUCCUCUUUGGGUUUAUGAUCACUUUGCCAAAAAAAUCUUCCAAAUCCACAGGAAUAUCCUUCCUCGAUCUUUACAGCUAUCUCAGACUAAAAACUGUAGAUCAUAAUCUUCUACCAAAGAACUGGAAAUAUCAACCUGCAAAGAGUUGGCAGAAAAGAGAAUGGAAUACUUUUCAUACAGGGUUUUAAAUGUUUACAAAACAAACACGAUAACAAAAAAACACACACACUAAAGACAUUUGUCAGAUCCUUCCUAAUGAGCGUACUAUUUUUUUUUUAUGUGUUUUGUAAUUUUUAGUUUAACAUUUUUAAAAUGUAGGUGAUUUCAAAGACGUAGCGAUUAUACAUCAAAACAAUGGGGAAGCUUUGCAGUGUAACCUAAUUUUCCAGGAUUUACGAAAGGUGUCCAAGGAGUCAUGUAGCUGAGCUGUCAAUUUUUAAAUGUCUGUUUUACUAUAAACCUCCUGAUAUAUUGAGACGUUAGCAUUUUAAGUGUAUAAUGUUGAUAACAGAAAUAAUAAACAUUUAUUACUUUUA